AUGUAUUUUGUUAUUGUUUUUCUUUGGGUUGAUCUUGAUGAAGCGCUUUAUGAUGGAAUCUACACAAACGACUUAAUGAUGCAAGCUAAAGAAACAUUUGACUGGUUGAUAUUCAUCAGGUGUUUUAUGGUUGAUGUUCAUCAUGAGCUUUACGAUGGAAGCGAAACAAGAAUUUCAAUCAUGCAAACUAAAGAAACAUUUGACUGGUUGAUGUUGAUAAAGCGCUGGAUGAUGGAAGCUAAAGAAACAUUUUAA